AUGUUUGAAGGAGGAAGUUCUCUUGCAGGGGGAUUAUCUAAAACAGUGGAUGCUUCUGAAGGUGUGGUCAAAUUAGCAUCAGAAUUAGAAAUUCAUAAUGCGGCUAUUGAUAUGCUUGGUACUGUAACCGAAGUUAUUAAACCUAUUACUCCGAUAUUAACGGUCAUAAUUAGUUUAAUUGAUGAAAUCAAAAAAAUUCGUGAUAACGCACAAUAUAAUAAAAAAAUCUGUAAUUCCUUAUUUGAUCGUGUUAUAAAUGCCGAAGCUGCAGUAAAAAUUUUAGAACAAAGAAUUAAGGAAAAUGAUGAAAAAAUUCACACUUUAGUAUACCAGAAGAAUGUCAUAAAAUUUCAAACUUCUUUAGAUGAAAUCAAAAAAUAUAUUGAAGAAAUAUCACAAUUUCGUGGUAUUAGAAAAUAUAUUUAUGCUAAUUCUGUUAAAGACAAAUUUAUUGAAUUAACUGAAGAAUUUGAAAAAUGCAUGAGAGAUUUAAAUUUUACAAUGUUGGUCGAUUCGGAAGAACAAAGGAGAAUUGAUAAGAAAAGUUUGGAUGAAAAUUUAUAUUUGAUGAAUAUGAAUAUGAACCAAAUGAAAGAAUUGUUUAGUAAUCGAUUUAAUAUUAUUUAUCAAGAAAUCAAUAAUCUUAACCCAGAAUCAAAAGAUCAUAAAUCACAUCUAAAAGUUUACGCCCCAAAGAUUGACUCUUCCAAAUUGAGAGAUCCACCUAGUGGUCCAAAUCAAAGACGUGGAAAAUCUAAACAAAUAGUAAAGAAAAUUUAUAAAGGAGGCAUCGAAGUGGCACGAAAACCUUUUGUUUUUCCAGAAAAAGACGAGAACUUGCAAUUUGUUCAUCGUUAUUUAUCGAUUUUAGAAAAGUUACAUGAAAGUCCAAACAUCCUCCAAUUUUAUGGUUUAUUAACAGAGGAUAAUAAAAGUUUCACAAUCUUCGAAUGGGCUGAAAUGGGGAAUUUGAAGAAAGUUUACGAAGAACAUGAUGUACCGAUACCAUGGGAUACCAAAGCCAAUAUAGCUUUUGAUAUCUGUAGUGGUAUCUUAUUUUUAAAUGCCUUAAACAUUUACCAUCAUGACAUUCGUUGUGAAAACAUAAUGAUGACUCGUAAUAGGGAGCCAAAGAUCAUGAAUUUUCAUUUUUCAAGAAUGCAUGGUGAUAAAACUGUUAAUCUUGGAAAGAGUGUUGUGGAUAUGAUAAACUGGAUGGCACCAGAGAAAAUGCUAGAGCAUGCGGCUGGCAAACAAGGGAAAUCCAUUGUAGUGCCGUAUACACAAAAACAGGAAAUUUUUGGAAGAAUUCCUUAUAAAGAAAAAAGUUUAAAUGAUAUAUUAGAUCAUGUAAUGAAAGGUGAAAGAGAAGUAUUAUCAAGUUCACCUGAUUCUUUAUUACCGGGAAAAAAUGAAAUCCAAGAAGGCCUUAAUGAAAUCAUUAGAAUGGCAUGGAGUCACGAUGAAGAUGAAAGGAUUAAUAUAGAUGAAAUGUAUUUAAAGCUUUCGAAAUUGUCAAAACGUGUUGAACUUGGUCAGUCUCCAACUUUACACCCUAUAUCUGAAUAUUCACCUCGAACAUAUGAACGAAUUCUGACUGUUGAAGAAGGAAUCGAACUUCAUCACACAAAUGAUCCUCAAAAAAGAAAACUGGCCUGGGAAUGCUUUGUAACCUAUACCUUCUUGGGUAGUUCUCUUGCAACAUAUUGGAAAGGAUUUUACUUAUGGGAAGGUUACUACAAUGACAAACCGAUAUCUGAAGAACAAAAGGCUGAUGAUAAGGCUAAAGCCAAGGAACUUUUCAAAAUGGCAGCAGAUAAAGGAAAUACAGAUGCUCAGUUUUACUAUGCAAUUUCCUUGCCAAAAUCAAAGGAUUCCAAACCUGAUCUUACGAAAUAUCUGAAAAUGGCUGCUGAUAAUGGAAAUGUUGCGGCACAGUAUAACCUCGCUUGUUUAUAUUUAAAGAGCAAAACAUCUAGUAACCAAGAUAAAGAAAUUGGAUUGGGAUAUUUAAAUCUUGCUAUUCAGAAUAAUAACGAAAAGGCAUUAGAAUUAAAGAAAAGUUUGAAUUUGGAUAUCGAAACUUCCAAUGAUGAAUAA